AUGCCGACUUAUGCCAAAUUUCUUAAGGAAAUUUGUUCUAAGAAAAGUAAAGUGGUGAAGUAUGAGACAGUUGCAAUGGCAAAAAAUAUUGCUUCUCAUGGACUUGGCAUAGGAGAUGAGAGACCCACCACUAUGAUUCUACAAGUUACCGAUCGAUCCCAUGUUAGACCUGAAGGGAGAGUCGAGGAUGUUAUAGUGAGGGUGGAUAAAUUCAUGUUUCCUGUCGACUUUCUUAUCCUUGAUUGUGAAGUUGAUGACAAGGCACCAAUAAUUUUGGGUAGGCCUUUCCUAGCCACUGGUCGUAUUCUUAUUGAUUGCGAAAAAGGUGAACUUACCCUGAGAGUGAUCGACCAAUGUGUGGCUGUCAAUGGUUUUCGUACUCUCAAGUAUGCUGUUAACCCUGAAGAAUGCCAAGGUGACUUCGAGCGAUGCCUUGGUAAUUUGGCAAAAGUUCUUAAGAGAUGUGAGGAGGUUGAUCUGGUUUUAAACUGGGAGAAAUGUCACUUCAUGGAUGCUCAGGAAUUUUACAAGUCUUGCGAUCGUUUCCAACGCAUUGGAAACAUAUCUAGGCGACAUGAAUUGUCACUACAAGGCAUUUUGGAAAUUGAGUUGUUUGACGUUUGGGGCAUUGAUUUCAUGGGACCAUUCCUAUUUUUAGCUGGCAAUCUAUACAUUUUGCUUGUUUUGGAUUAUAUAUCCAAGUGGGUGGAGGCUAUUGUGACAUCAAAUAAUGAUUCUAAAACUUUGAUUGCCAAGGCAUUGAGAAGAUAUGGUGUCCAUCACAAUAUUGCCACAACAUACCUUCCACAGACAAAUGGCCAAGUUGAAAUAUCCAACCACGAGAUAAAGCAGAUAUUAGAGAAAAUGAUGAAUCUGAGGCGGAAUGAUUGGUCACCAAAGUUAGAUGAAGCACUCUGGCCAUAUAUUACAACUUUUAAGACUCCUCUGGGUAUGUCACCCUUCAAGUUGGUGUAUAGGAAGGCCUACCACCUCCUCGUCGAGCUAGAACAUAAAUCGUAUUGGGCCAUUAAGAGGUUAAAUUUUGAUGAUCAAUUAGCUGGGGAGCAAAGAUUGCUGGAAUUCAAUGAGAAGGAAGAGUUUAGGGCACAAGCUUAUGAGAAUGCCAGGAUAUACAAGUAA